UGCCUGCCUUACUGGUCGACCGGUUACUAGAAGGGACUCUCGCCGCGUCAUGGUGUAACUAAUGCCACGUCAUGGUACUCUUGUGCCAACUUCGGCCGACAGCUUUGUCGGGUCUACUCACCCGAAAAACGAUGAAUGCAUCAGUGUGACAGGCGCUCGCGAUGCCCUGCGCAUGUAGUGCUGAAUGCUCUAGGAAUCGAGCACCGGACCCAUAGAUUCUCGCAGCCAGCCAUUGACUGAUACCCUUCGCCUACAUCUGUGCCGUGUUGGAGCUAAAGUCGGUCUCCGGAUCCCCGAGGGUACAUGACGCUGAGCCCGAAUUAGAUCUGUAUUUGUACCCAGCUUCGUCUCAGUCGUUCACCCACCCCACUUUCCCGCCUCUUCCUCGUCUUCAUCCUGCAAAGAGACACAAUUGAGGUUGCCCAGCAGACAUGUCCGGCUCAAAUUACUCUUCCAGCCUUUCGAAUCACGCAGCGAAGCAGUACACCUCUCAAGCUUCGUUCGUCUACUCCAAGAACUAUACCGCGGCAAUAUGGGACUUGCUCAACCCUAAAGAGGGUGAGAAGAUCAUAGAUUUGGGAUGUGGGACUGGGGAGAAUACAAAGAGGAUCAAGGAUGCAGUAGGCGAACGAGGUGAAGUCUAUGGAAUAGAUUCAAGUCAAGACAUGCUGGACAAGGCUGGGAAAGACUCCUCCGACGUCAAAUGGGUACAAUGUGAUAUUCAAAAGAUUUCAGAGACUCUAGAUCCAUCGCUUGAAGGGACUUUUGACGCCGUCUUCACGUCGGCCGUCCUGCACUGGUGCAAGGAUGAUCCGGAGAGUGUCAUCCGAGGUAUCAGUUGGCUGCUCAAGCCAGGAGGAAGGAUAGCUUUUGAAUUUGGAGGUUUCGGUAAUGGUGCCGAAGUCAGGACAGCUCUGCACGCUGUAUUGAAACAGCGGAAUGUGGAUCCUGAGCCGCUCGACCCAUGGUGGUUUCCGACAGACACGCAGUACGAUCAGAUGCUCGCUCAACAUGGUUUCAAGACGUCCAGCAUUGGCUUGUUUCCUCGUCCCACUCCACUCGCCUCGGAUCUCAUAGGUUGGCUUGAGACUUUCUGCCGGAACACCUGGUUCGCCUCUUUCUCCAAGACCGAGGCAGAUGAGCUGUUAGAACAAGUCCAAGAUAUCUGUCGGCCGUCGUGUUACUGGAAACUGGAUUCCCCGGGGCAAGGUCGAGCAAAGGAUGAGCAAGCUGCUAUUUCAGCCGGCGCCGGCGAGAGAGGCUGGGGUAAGACGGAGGGAUGGAGUUUGAUGUAUAUUCGACUCAGAGGCCUAGCGACCAAAACCUAAGUCCCACUCGAGGAGAACACAAGACUGGGUGCAAAUCGGGAUUUGUAAUAAGGACAGAGA